AUGCUGGCGCCGCCGGAGGUGCCCGCGAGGCGAGAUGACCCUGCCUGCCAGGUCUACGUCGGUAACCUUCCCUACAGCUUGAGGUGGCAGGACUUGAAGGACCACAUGAAGCAGGCCGGCCAGUGCCUGGACGCCCGCAUCUUGACGGUCGACGGCACGGACUGGGGCCGCUCCCGAGGAGUCGGCAUCGUCAGGUACUCCAGCGAGGAGGAGGCGCGGGCGGCGAUCUCGCAGCUCAACGGCCUGGAGCUCCAGGGGCGCGCGCUUGUCGUGGAUGUCUGGACGGGGAGCUCCGGCAAGUGGCAGCAGGAGCGGGCCGAGAGGAUCCAGAGCGUGAGCCAGGCGGCGUCGGUGGAGCAGGCCAAGCCGGGCGACUGGAUCUGCCCGUUUUGCAAGGACCUCCAGUUCGCCCGCAACGUGUCCUGCCGCACGUGCGGCGCCGGCGGCGGCGGCAAGGGCAAGUCGCAGGAGAGCGUGGAGCUCGCGAACGGGCAGGUGGCCCGGCCGGGGGACUGGAUAUGCCCGGGCUGCGACGACCUCCAGUUCGCCCGGAACGCCGUCUGCAGGAAUUGCGGCGGCGGCAAGGGCGGCGGCAAGGGCGGCUACGGGAAGGGUGGCUACGGGAAGGGCGGCGGGGGCUUCGGCAAGGGUUUCGGCCGAGGCAACCAGGUGCAUGGCGAGAACCUGGUCUACAUCGGGAACCUCUCCUACGACGUAUCGAAGAUUUGA